AUGGUGUGGCGAUUCUCUUGCCGGCUGCGACGGAGAGCAGCUUGCCUGGCCGCCGUCUUUGUGUGGGCGACGACGCAGAUUCUCCUCGUCAGCCACGUGGCGGAAACCUCACCGCCCUGGAGACCGAGGAAGACACGUGCCGACUUGUCCUGGGGUCAAUAUGGCCUUUGGGCAAUGUGGAGUACGCUGACAUCUUUGGGUGCCCGCAACAUCAUUACGGUGUUGCAGGGGAUGCUGCCUCAGCUGGCCAACACCACCUUCUAUUUUUCCGCCGCAGACUUCCCGGCUGUGGAGGGGCUCGUGGCUCUUACGAUCGACGACGGCAUUUGUCGAGGCGGCAACUGGUCAGCCUCACUCCUUCCAGAGGUCCUGGAGCUGCUGGCCGGCAGCUCUGCAAAAGCCACCUUCUUCCUGAGCUCCCACUACGUUCGGCCAAAGGACCUUAGGAGGCUGGUCUCUCACGGACACGAGCUGGCGAACCACAUGCCCGAGGACCGAGAAUAUGCCUCGUGGCCAAUGGAAGAGUUCCGGGAAGCCCUGGACGAGACGGACGCAGUGCUGCGACCAUUUAUGCGAGCGGAUGCACGCCAUUGGUUCCGCGCCCCCCAGGCGCGGCUUACAUCUGAUAUGGCCGUCGUUUUGCAGGCCAGAAAUAUGUCCCACGCCCUCGGAGAUUGCUAUGCCGACGACUGGGCCAUUCCUGAUGCUUUGAGGGUGGCCUCAGUUCUCCUGCGCCAGGUGCAGUCUGGAUCGGUGGCGGUCCUUCACAUGCCGCAGCGGGGCUUCAGACAGCACACCUUAGAGGUCUUGCGGCACUUCCUCCAGGGCCUGGCAAAGCGUCAGCUGCGAGCGGUGACGCUGAGCCAGCUUGCCGAUGCCGCGCUGGCAGGGCGUCAGCCAGAGGACCAAAAGUGUCUCAUGCCCGCGUUGCUUCUGUCGUGUUGUUGGCCACGCUUUGUUGCUGAUUUCACUAGCAUCGAUGCAAACAUGGAUUUUGCAGCAAGGGCUGCCCAUUGUUGUCAUCCCAAUUGCCCCUGCUAG